AUGGCUCCCAGCCUUGGACCAAGCGGACGCAGAAAAGGAAAGACUUCGAUCGCCAACAAUGGAAGUACGGCAUCGAGUCCGUCACUACGGAGCAAAACGCCGGUACUUGUAGACGAGAGCCGACCAAGCAGCAGUAUGGGCUUACCGGCAGGGAAUGUAAAGGUUGUAGUCAGAGUAAGAGCGUUUCUGCCAAGAGAAAUUGAGCGAGGCGCAGAAUGCCUGAUCGACAUGGACCCCGCUACCGAGACGACAAGACUAGUUGCACCUCCCAGCAGCGACCCUGCAAACGCAAGAGCACAGACACGGAAAGUGGUGGAAGAGAAGACGUUUACGUUCGACAAGUCCUUUUGGUCGCACGACAUGGAAGAUGAGCAUUACGCACAUCAGGAAGAGGUCUAUAAUUGUCUGGGUGAAGAGUUUCUGGACCACAAUUUUGAGGGUUACCACACAUGCAUAUUUGCCUAUGGGCAGACUGGAUCAGGGAAGAGUUACACCAUGAUGGGCACGUCCGAUCAGCCCGGAUUAAUUCCACGCACGUGCGAGGAUCUAUUCGAGCGGAUCGAGAGCAACGAAAGCGCCAAUGUCAGUUACAGUGUCCGAAUGUCCUACUUCGAGGUAUACAACGAGCACGUCCGAGAUCUUUUCCAACCACGAACCGACCCUCCCUCCUACCUCAAGAUUCGAGAAUCGCCCACUGAAGGACCGUACGUCAAAGACCUGACAGAAAUUCAAGUAAAGAGCUAUUCCGAAAUAUUGAAGUAUAUGAGGAUGGGUGACAGUUCCCGCACGGUGGCCAGUACGAAGAUGAAUGACACCUCAUCUCGAUCACAUGCAGUGUUCACCAUCAUGCUCAAGCAAAUCCACCACGACUAUACGACAGACGAGACGACAGAGAGACUAGCACGAAUAAGAUUGGUCGAUUUGGCAGGAUCGGAAAGAGCAAAAUCCACAGAAGCAACGGGACAACGGCUGAGGGAGGGAGGAAAUAUCAACAAGUCACUGACAACGUUGGGCCGAGUGAUUGCUGCGCUAGCUGAUCCCAAGGCAACAAGACAAGGUGGCAGAGGUCGGCGAGACGUGGUACCAUUUCGAGACUCGAUCUUGACAUGGCUGCUCAAGGACUCUCUGGGCGGUAAUUCCAAGACAGCCAUGAUCGCCUGUAUCGCGCCCUCAGAUUACGAUGAAACACUGUCGACGCUCCGAUACGCUGACCAGGCCAAGAGAAUCCGACUCCAAGCCACAGUCAACCAGGACCAUGUAUCAUCAGCAGAGAAGGAUGCACAAAUCGCCGAGAUGGUAGAAACCAUCCGAGGUCUUCGCUGGACACUCAGUCAGCAGCAACAAUCAACCGCGACACCACUCGCCAAAGUGGUACAAGAACAGGAAUUGCAAACAGAAAGAUUGCGCGAGUACACCAGCAAGUACGAGAACAUGCUGCAGGUCAUGGAGGAGAAGCUAGCCAUAUCUGAAUCUAAGGUGCGACAACUUGAGAUCCAGAAAGAGGCAAUGGAUAUUCAUCUCAAGCUUGUGCUUGAUGAACUUCGAAAUCCGAUCAAGAUCAAGACGGAGGAAGAGGAGCCGGUGAAGAGGGAGGACACUCCAGAAAUGGUUUGGGAAGAUGAGGGAUCUGAAAGUGAGGACGAGGAGGAUGAUCCAGAACAUGUUGAGCUACAAGCUGACUGGGAGACGUUGCUAAGUGACCUGCAUAUGCACAAACAAAGGCUGGCUGCCGAUCAUGAAGCUUUUGGAAUCAGUGUGUUGGCUUGA